AUGGGAAGAACACCUUGUUGUGACAAGAAUAAUGGUCUCAAGAAAGGACCAUGGACAACUGAGGAAGAUGAAAAACUCAUUGAUUACAUUCAGAAACAUGGUUAUGGCAAUUGGAGAACACUCCCAAAGAAUGCCGGUUUGCAAAGAUGUGGCAAAAGUUGUCGUCUUCGUUGGACAAACUAUCUCCGACCAGAUAUAAAACGUGGUCGAUUUUCAUUUGAAGAAGAAGAAACAAUAAUUCAGCUCCAUAGUGUUCUUGGAAACAAGUGGUCUGCGAUUGCAUCUCGAUUACCAGGAAGAACAGACAACGAAAUAAAGAACUACUGGAACACACACAUUAGAAAAAGGCUUUUGAGAAUGGGAAUCGAUCCGGUAACACAUAGUCCAAGACUUGAUUUAUUAGACCUCUCUUCAAUUUUAUGUUCUUCACAAAUCAACAACAUCCAAACACUCCUUAGCAUGCAACAACAACAAUCUUUGAUGAACCCUGAGCUUCUAAAACUAGCUUCCUCACUCUUCACUACCUCAUCGCACCACCACCACCAACAACAACAAGAUUAUAGCAAUAACCAACCUUGUAAUCCCCAAACACAAAACCAAGUUUCACUUUCACAUCUUGUCCAAUUUCAAGACCAAAUCCAACAAGUACCUAGUACUAAUUCUAAUGUUUGUACUAGUGUCUCUUCUUCAAUUCCUAAUGAUCAUUCACACUUGUUUGAAACAAAUGUGAAUACAUAUCCAUCAAAUUUCACCGACCAAAGUUGUUACAACAAUCAACAUUCUGUUCCUGAUAUUGAUUGGCUAGAAAAUAAUGGGUUUGGUUUAAGUACUUUUAAAGAGGAUAUUGAUUACACCCCUCAAUUAUCAAACUAUAAUCAAUAUUAUGGUUCUGAUUAUAAUCAAAAUCUUAUGAUUCAUCAAACUUCAAACCAAAUUCUAUCGACACCGUCUUCAAGUCCAACACCCAUGAAUUCGAACUCGACGUGUAUCAUUGGGAGCAACACAGAAGAUGAGAAAGAGAGCUAUGACAGUUGUAACAACAGAAUGAAAUUUGAAAUUCCAUUGCAUAUUUUAGAUUCCAAUGAUUUUAUGUAA